CUUGGCUGGUACAGUGGUCAGUGGUCACGACCAGAACUCUGAAGUUCCAAGUUGAGUAUGGGAGUUUCACCAUUUCGCUUGGUUCCACCUCCAUGUGCUGCUUCUGUGUCUGCAUCUCCAAGCUGCAUGAAGGAUGCAAAUUUCAACUAUGAUGUUUGUAAGAGCUUGCAUAAGAGAGUCUCCACAAUAACGAUGAAAAGAUUUUCAAGAAGGCUGAUUCUUCAGUUUCUGGGUAUUAACCACAUGAUAUGUUAUGCUUCUCCUGCUUUUGCUGCACCAAUUAUGCCAGACAUGAAGGAACCUGAAGUCAUACGGACUUUGAAGCUAGCCAGUGGAGUGAGAAUUCAAGAUAUUGUUGAAGGAGAAGGACCAGAAGCACAUGCUGGAGAUUUGGUUGAAUUCAAUUAUGUAUGCAGGCGUGCAAAUGGAUACUUUGUUUUCAGUACAGUGAACCAAUUCAGUGGAGAAAGUAAACCUGUUAUACUUCCUCUGGAUGAAAAUCAGAUGAUAGCGGGUUUAAAGGAGGUUCUGAUUGGCAUGAGAGUUGGUGGAAAGAGAAGAGCACUGAUCCCACCUUCGGUAGGAUAUGUAAAUGAGAACUUGAAACCAAUACCUGAAGAGUUUGGUCCUCGACGCAGCCUUUUUUCUCAUGCACAGGAGCCUUUGGUAUUUGAAGUUCAACUUUUGAAAAUUUUGAGUCUUCCACCACCAUCUGUAUUUAAUUAAAUUAAUUUAUUAUUUCUCGUGUCAACCUGCAUUUUAAGAUAUGAGAUCCUAUAACCAUUAGAGUACACAUCAUGUUACACUCACAAUGCAAGUGGGUCCCACCAAAAUUUGUGGAGCCCACUUGCAUUGUGAGUGUAGCAUGAUGUAAGCUUCAUCAUGUAACAUAAUAUUCAUAAAUCUCGAGGAGUAUUCAUAAUUUGUAAGUAAUUGGGUCAUUUGCACUUGCUGACACUGCACAAUUACCAUUUUUAAAAUUGGA